AUGCUGGGCUACGUCACAGCACAGCUAGCCAAGCUUGAGGUUGGGGGACAAGUCGAGCAACGAGGAAACGUUGAUACCUGUACGUACAUCAAUCAGUCAGUCUUGGAGCCCGAGAAGAGUGAACCCCGGACUGCAGCAGGCGCACGAAGGGAUCGACAGGGCGUGAAAUGCGCCAUUCGAGAAUGCAGCCCUCUCUUGCAUUCGCCGGCAUUCCCUCAAGAAGCCCGGCAGCCGUGCCAACCUGCAAAGCGAUCUGGCAUUAUGCAACAUACCACGAUGCCGAAGCAACACAGUCCAAGGCUGCUGAGACGUGAACCCUGUAGCGAAGGACCAUACCUGCUGACUCUUCGGAGUAUGGAUCCGAAGCAACUAUUCUUGACGAGGCGGCGAAAUUGCAGGAAGAGCGAGAUUGAAUACGAACGCCAGCAUCAGUGCUGCGGAGCCACCGAGCAGAGCCGAUGGCUGGUUGUCAGUGGCAGCCAGAGUCGGCGAUUGGAGCUGCGAGGCGGGCGUGUUCGAGGCUUGAGAAAGGCUCAACGUCGACAUGCACGUUGCUACACUCGAGUGGGUAUGUGUCUAGACCUUGGAUUUCGCACACUGACCCACUGCCAGAAAUCCUCGCAAGGAAUCCGACCGGAGCUGCGCGUCCGUGCCUUCGUCAUCGCUCAACUCGAACCACAUCGGCAUUUCGACUUCCGUCAGUUUUGCUAUUCCGCUGUCUGCUGCCUCAUCUUCCACGCCAGCUCCAAAAAUAAAUAA